AUGGAGCAAGAGCACAUAGUACAUAUGCCACUCCACCCAGGCAAAGAGGCUGCAAAUAGACUCAUCCUGAGCACUAGGACCAUGGGGUAGUGUAAUACAAUACUAGAUGAGGUAGAAUGACUGUAGAAGCUGCAGGAUAGUGAUCUGUCCUACAGAGAGAGUGGAAUGGAAAGGGAACGGUGUAAAGGUGUGAAUGACUCUGGGGAUGUGCUCAGAUGCUCUGGAUCUCCCAACGCAGCACAUUUUAACAUAAGGAACUGUCUUCAGCGUAUUCUUGUUUUUUCCUGUCAGUUCCCCAAUCAGAGCUUAUUCUGUCACUUAGAUUCCCACUAGGUUCUUUCAACAGCUGUGUGGCUGAGCGCCUGUCACAGGAGUACUGCAGUAGUAGCACAAACACAGUCAGUGGGUACGUUUACAUGCACAGUAAUAAUUUGACAUUAAACUGAUUAUGGCAGUAGGCAGAUUAUGCAGUAGUCAUGUAAACACCUUACUCUGCUUAUCUUAAUCGGCAUAAGGUCAAAAUCAAAGUAAGGAUACACCGAUUAAAACACCUGGUUUCUGAGCAAUCUUUAGAAUUAUUAGGACAUGUAAACACCUUAAUUGUAUUUGAUCAGCGCAUGUGCUAGCACCAGCCGAGCGAGCCUCCCUCUUUAGCGUGAGUGAAGUGAGUUCGGAACAACUGAAUGUAUGCGUCUUAGAAGUAGUUUUCACAUACAAACUCAGAAUCAAAUAUGCUUACCAAAAAUUACAUGUUCGCUGUGGUAGAACAUUUAUUUUGAUUGGCGAUUUUCUGUAUUUGUCAGAGUGCCAUCAGGUAGCCUGAUUUCAGAUGUGUUCACGUAAACGGGAAUAUUAGUGAAAUCGUUCUUCUUGCAAAGCAUGUAAACGUUUUAAUCGAACUAUUAUAUUCAUCUGAUUAUCCACAAUAAUCGCAUUAUUGUGUGUAUGUAACCGUACUCAUUGCCUCCACUUCAUUCUCCCCCAUUGACCCCUAUUAACUUGUGUGUGUUUGUGUUGCAGGACCUGGUGAGCAGUGCCCCUCCACAGAGGAACUGGAAGGGGAUAGUCAUCGCCCUGCUGGUCAUCUGCAUCAUCUUGUCUCUGAUCGUCACAUCCGUCAUCCUGCUCACCCCAAGUAUGUAACACACAAUGCUGCAUCACACUACACACACUCAGCUAUAUUACUACACAAACACAACACCACACUCAUAAUAACACAAACACACUCAGCUAUAUUACAAUACGCUUAGAAACACCUAUUACACUCCGCUAGAUUACACCACACACUCUCUCAGAUACAUAACACUACAAACACAGCAUCACUUCCCUAACACACACUUUGUAAGCAUAGCAACCGUCAAGAUGUAUGACGGAUGGGGCAGGAAGCUGCAAACGUUGUUAAAUCAAGUCAUUCUCAUACAGAUGUGGGACCUUAAUUUGAUCACCCUAUUGUUGCAGGAAAUGUCCUGCACAGCAGAAAAUGCUAAUUUGUAGUGUAUUCAAGGUUUUUAAAAAGUUUGUAAUUUCCACUUUAAAAUGUCUGACUUGAUUUGCCUUAACUAAAAAUGUAUCAACCCCUACAAAAAUUUCCAUUAAUUAUAAUCCACACAAUAAUUAACAUUUCCUGUUGCUGCUGGAUUAUUUUCCUGCUGUGAGAAACUAGUCAAAUUAAGAUCCUACAUCUGUACCUGAGUCAGGCCACCAAAAGAAAACGUAUAGUUAGGGAUUGCAAUUGGCCUUGCUAGCAGACAGCCCAGUAGGUCAUUUCAUUUCAUAAGCCCGUUCAUUCAAAGACAGACAGGAGUAGAGAUGGUGAUGUUGAGAUGAGUCAGCUUGGAGAUUGCAUAUUGGUUUUUCAGAAAGACGAGGUGAGGUCAUCCUCUCACUAGGUAAUGGGGCUUUAAUGUAAAAUGUCAUUCAGUCUUGUUUAAUGGAGAUUAUUAUGCAGUAAUAGCUCUAGUCAUUUGUACAAUUGCCAGUGCAUCAGAGGUGCUAUUUGCCAGAAUGGCGCCAGAGGAGAUGGCUGCCAUUUUACGGGCUCCUAACCAAUUGUGCUAUUGUGUGUGAUUUUUCACAUUAUUUGUAACUUAUUUUGUACAUAAUGUUUCUUCAAUCGUCUCUUAUGACCGAAAAGAGCUUCUGGAUAUCAGUACAGCGAUUACUCACCUCGUACUGGACGAAGAUUUUUCUUUAACGAGUCGGACGUGAAGGACUUUCUUCAAACAUACGACAAGGCCCAAAUCCCCGUCAUUCGCAUGAGAAAGAGACUGAGAUAUCGGUGAUGUAGGUCGGGAUGCCUUGUAAGGAUUCGACGGCGAGUGUGUAAUCUGCCUCUACCAUCUGUCCUAUUAGCCAACGUACAAUCAUUGGAUACCAAAAUAGACAAACUAAGAUCACGGAUAUCCUACCAACGGGACAUUAAAAACUGUAAUAUCUUAUGUUUCACCGAGUCGUGGCUGAACGACGACAUGGACAACAGACAGCUGGCGGGAUAUACGCUGCAUCGGCAAGAUAGAACGGCUGACUCCAGUAAGACAAGGGGUGGCAGUCUGUGUGUAUUUGUAAACAACAGCUGGUGCACGAAAUCUAAUAUUAUGGAAGUCUCGAGCUUUUGCUCGCCUGAGGUAGAGUAUCUCAUGAUAAGCUGUAGACCACACUAUUGAUCAAGAGAGUUUUCAACUAUAUUUUUCGUAGCUGUCUAUUUACCACCACAAACCGAUGCUGGCACUAAGACCGCACUCCAUGAGCUGUAUAAAGCCAUAAGCAAACAGGAAAACGCUCAUCCAGAUGCGGCGCACCUAGUGGCCAGGGACUUUAAUGCAGGGAAACUUAAAUCCGUUUUACCUAAUUUCUACCAGCAUGUUAAAUGUGCAACCAGAGGGGAAAAAAACUCUAGACCACCUUUACUCCACACACAGAGACGCGUACAAAGCUCUCCCUCGCCCUCCAUUUGGCAAAUCUGACCAUAACUCUAUCCUCCUGAUUCCUGCUUACAAGCAAAAACUAAAGCAGGAAGCACCAGUGACUCGGUCAAUAAACAAGUGGUCAGAUGACACAGAUGCGAAGCUACAGGACUGUUUUGCUAGCACAGACUGGAAUAUGUUCCGGGAUUCUUCCGAUGGCAUUGAGGAGUACCCCACAUCAGUCACUGGCUUCAUCAAUUAGUGCAUCGAUGACGUCGUCUCCACAGUGACCGUACGUACAUACCCCAACCAGAAGCCAUGGAUUAAAGGCAACAUCCGCACUGAGCUAAAGGGUAGAGCUGCCGCUUUCAAGGAGCGGGACUCUAACCUGGACGCUUAUAAGAAAUCCUGCCAUGCCCUCCGACGAACCAUCAAACAGGCAAAGCGUCUAUACAGGACUAAGAUUGACUCGUACUACACCGGCUCCGAUGCUCGUCGGAUGUGACAGGGCUUACAAACUAUUACAGACUACAAAGGGAAGAACAGCCGGGAGCUGCCCAGUGACACGAGCCUACCAGACGAGCUAAAUUACUUCUAUGCUCGCUUCGAGGCAAGCAACACUGAAGCAUGCAUGAGAGCAUCAGCUGUUCCGGAUGACUGUGUGAUCACGCUCUCCGUAGCCGAUGUGAGUAAGACCUUUAAAUAGGUCAACAAUCGCAAGGCCGCAGGGCCAGACGGAUUACCAGGAUGUGUACUCCGAGCAUACGCUGACCAACUGGCAAGUGUCUUCACUGAUAUUUUCAACCCGAUCCACAGAUGUUGCAAUCUCUAUUGCACUCCACACUGCCCUUUCCCACCUGGACAAAAGGAACACCUACGUGAGAAUGCUAUUCAUUGACUACAGCUCAGCGUUCAACACCAUAGUGCCCUCAAAGCUCAUCAAUAAGCUAAGGUUCCUGGGACUAAACACCUCCCUCUGCAACUGGAUCCUGGACUUCCUGACGGGCUGCCCCCAGGUAGUAAGGGUAGGUAACAACACAUCUGCCACACUUAUCCUCAACACAGGGGCCCCUCAGGGGUGCAUGCUCAGUCCCCUCCUGUACUCCCUGUUCACCCAUGACUGCAUGGCCAGGCAUGACUCCAACACAAUCAUUAAGUUUGCCGACGACACAACAGUGGUAGGCCUGAUCACCGACAACGAUAAGACAGCAUAUAGGGAGGAGGUCAGAGACCUGGCCAUGUGGUGCCAGGAUAACAACUUCUCCCUCAACGUGAUCAAGACAAAGGAGAUGAUUGUGGACUACAGGAAAAAGAAGAGGACCGAGCACGCCCCCAUUCUCAUCGACUGGUCUGUAAUGGAGCAGGUUGAGCGCUUCAAGUUCCUUGGUGUCCACAUCACCAACAAACUAUCAUGGUCCAAACACACCAAGACAGUAGUGAAGAGGGCACGACAAAGCCUUUUCCCCCUCAGGAGACUGAAAAGAUUUGGCAUGGCAGCUGCACCAUCGAGAGCAUCCUGACUGGUUGCAUCACUGCCUGGUAUGGAAACUGCUACAGAGGGUAGUGCGUACUGCCCAGUACAUCCCUGUGGCCAAGCUUCCUGCCAUCCAGGACCUCCAUACCAGGCGGUGUCAGAGGAAGGCCCUCAAAAUUGUCAGACUCCAGCCACCCUAGUCAUAGACUGUUCUCUCUGCUACCGCACGGCAAGCGGUACCGGAGCACCAAGUCUAGGUCCAAAAGGCUUCUAAACAGCUUUUACCCCCAAGCCAUAAGACUCCUGAACAGCUAAUCAAAUGGCUACCCGGACUAUUUGCAUUGCACCCCCCCCCCCCCCCCCCCCCCCCCCCCCCCCCCACCCCCCUUUUACGCUGCUGCUACUCUCUGUUUAUUAUUUAUGCAUAGUCACUUUAACUCUACCUACAUGUACAUAUUACCUAAAUUACCUCGACUAACCUGUGCCCCCGCACAUUGACUCUGUACCGGUACCCCCUGUAUAUAGCCUCGCUACUGUUAUUUUACUGCUGCUCUUUAAUUAUUUUUACUUAACACUUAUUUUUCAUAAAACUGCAUUGUUGGUUAAGGGCUAGCAUUUCACUGUAAGGUCGACACCUGUUGUAUUCGGCGCAUGUGAAAAAUAACAUUUUAUUUGAUUUUAUUUGAUGUUGGGAAUCCCUCUCAAUGGUCUUUUACCAACAGAUGAAGAUACAUUUUCAAAUACAGAGACUUGCAAAGGUAUUUUUAGUUCUCUCAAUUCUCUGCAAAAUCCACUUACUGGCACUGACACAUACGAUUGUCCAUUCUAGCAUAUUGUACUGUUAAUACUCUGUCUUUUCCUGAAUAAACUGACAGGUGAAUGGAGAAGAUAACUAUGUAAAGCUCCCAUAUGGGGUUGAAGGGGCAUAGACACACACACACACCACCGUCUUUAUGUAACUCAACCCUCUUGCUCUGCUGUCUACCCUGACUGGUCUCUGCUGUCUACCCUGUGUAGCUGGGUUAGAGGGAGUUACAGGCUGCUGUGAAUUGAUGCUGGCGGUUCAAUGGAGCGCUACCCUGGGCCAAGAGUCUCUUUCUUCUUUGUAACCUUUCCUUAAUCGCUGUGCCUGUGAUAUGGGAAUUACAGUCCUACUAUCUCCAGAGACAGAAACAGCAGAUAAUAGUCUGAUUCUGACAGAUGUCUCCUACCCUAUUUUUAUGACCCCUUAGGCAACUUCUUGCAGGAGAAGUAAAAUAUUAAAGAUUUUUGGAAAUGGAAAAUGCACUUUCUUGCAGCUGAAAGCUACUCAAGUCACAAAGGCAGACUGUAAAGUAAUUAAGUCAGAGUUCUGACUGACUGACAGUAACCAGGUAACAAAGAUGGCCAGAUCCCUUUUUUAUUUGAAAGAGAAUUAAAACAUAACAGUAUCAUAUUGCUGUAACUGAUUCAUUCUAUGUCUUCUUCCACUUUUGUUUUGUUGAUAUAUUCCACUGGCAGUUGCAGAUGAUAGCCUUGCCCUCAAGAAGAAAGUCACCAUCGAGGACGUCUUUGGAGGAGAUCUUCACGUGCACGACCCCGACGCUACAUGGCUCAGCGGUGAGUUGCUAUAGUUACACCCUGCCCUUUCACCUGCCAAUAGAAACUGAAGCUAACACAGCACCCACCAACCAGGAACUGUUACAUAUCAGUUUACAUUAUUAGAGCACCACAUUUACAUACGGUAGACAGCGGUCGCUAAGGCAAUGACUCUAUCCCAGUAUGUAUUCCAAGCCGCAUUACUUUUCCCAUUAGACAGCCAUUACUAUCAAACAAGAGGGCCACACAUAAAACAUAUGGAAACCUAACUAGGACUUCAAUUGCCUAAACAUAAUCAUAGAAACCCAAAUCCUGAUUUAAAGGCAUAAUGGAUCACUCAGCCGACGUGUUUACUGUGAAUGCUCAUUAUCAAGUCCUCAAGGAUUACAUGGUUAUAGUCUCAUGGUUAUUCCCUUAGAACAGAGACAGACAGCCCACAUAACUAAGUAAGUGUUAUACAGAGACACAACGACAGAGUCAUGUAAUCCAAUGGAACCUUGAAAUGUGCCUGUUUCCACUACUGUCUCCAGAGAGUAAAUCCCAAAGAAAUUGAUUCUGUAUGUCAUUCUAUGGUAGAUUCUUCACAAUAAGCAUCCAGUUUAUGCUGUUAUGCACCAUACAGUACUGUAGCUAUAAUGUAUGCAGAGCAUGUACAGGACAGGAAUGGCCCAAAUUAAAGCGAUGUAGGGCUGGUCUAACCUUUUUAACCUUGACAAAGUCAAGUGGAAAGUAAACUCACAUGAAUAUUGGCUCAAGUUACUGUUCGCCCUCUAGUGUUAGAGAUUCAAACUACUUUGUUUUUUCAUUGACUCUCCAUUAAACACAAAAGUAGUACCAGAAUGUAUUUUAUUUCCACAUACUUUUACAUACAGUGAGGGAAAAAAGUAUUUGAUCCCCUGCUGAUUUUGUACAUUUGCCCACUGACAAAGAAAUGAUCAGUCUAUAAUUUUAAUGGUAGGUUUAUUUGAACAGUGAGAGACAGAAGAACAACAACAAAAAUCCAGAAAAACACAUGUCAAAAAUGUUAUAAAUUGAUUUGCAUUUUAAUGAGGGAAAUAAGUAUUUGACCCCCUCUCAAUCAGAAAGAUUUCUGGCUCCCAGGUGUCUUUUAUACAGGUAACGAGCUGAGAUUAGGAGCACACUCUUAAAGGGAGUGCUCCUAAUCUCAGUUUGUUACCUGUAUAAAAGACACCUGUCCACAGAAGCAAUCAAUCAAUCAGAUUCCAAACUCUCCACCAUGGCCAAGACCAAAGAGCUCUCCAAGGAUGUCAGGGACAAGAUUGUAGACCUACACAAGGCUGGAAUGGGCUACAAGACCAUCGCCAAGCAGCUUGGUGAGAAGGUGACAACAGUUGGUGCGAUUAUUCGGAAAUGGAAGAAACACAAAAGAACUGUCAAUCUCCCUCGGCCUGGGGCUCCAUGCAAGAUCUCACCUCGUGGAGUUGCAAUGAUCAUGAGAACGGUGAGGAAUCAGCCCAGAACUACACGGGAGGAUCUUGUCAAUGAUCUCAAGGCAGCUGGGACCAUAGUCACCAAGAAAACAAUUGGUAACACAUUACGCCGUGAAGGACUGAAAUCCUGCAGCGCCCGCAAGGUCCCCCUGCUCAAGAAAGCACAUAUACAGGGCCGUCUGAAGUUUGCCAAUGAACAUCUGAAUGAUUCAGAGAAGAACUGGGUGAUAGUGUUGUGGUCAGAUGAGACCAAAAUCGAGCUCUUUGGCAUCAACUCAACUCGCCGUGUUUAGAGGAGGAGGAAUGCUGUCUAUGACCCCAAGAACACCAUCCCCACCGUCAAACAUGGAGGUGGAAACAUUAUGCUUUGGGGGUGUUUUUCUGCUAAGGGGACAGGACAACUUCACCGCAUCAAAGGGACGAUGGACAGGGCCAUGUACCGUCAAAUCUUGGGUGAGAACCUUCCCUCAGCCAGGGCAUUGAAAAUGGGACGUGGAUGGGUAUUCCAGCAUGACAAUGACCCAAAACACACGGCCAAGGCAACAAAGGAGUGGCUCAAGAAGAAGCACAUUAAGGUCCUGGAGUGGCCUAGCCAGUCUCCAGACCUUAAUCCCAUAGAAAAUCUGUGGAGGGAGCUGAAGGUUCGAGUUGCCAAACGUCAGCCUCGAAACCUUAAUGACUUGGAGAAGAUCUGCAAAGAGGAGUGGGACAAAAUCCCUCCUGAGAUGUGUGCAAACCUGGUGGCCAACUACAAGAAACGUCUGACCUCUGUGAUUGCCAACAAGGGUUUUGCCACCAAGUACUAAGUCAUGUUUUGCAGAGGGGUCAAAUACUUAUUUCCCUCAUUAAAAUGCAAAUCAAUUUAUAACAUUUUUGACAUGCGUUUUUCUGGAUUUUUGUUGUUGUUAUUCUGUCUCUCACUGUUCAAAUAAACCUACCAUUAAAAUUAUACACUGAUCAUGUCUUUGUCAGUGGGCAAACUUACAACAUCAGCAGGGGAUCAAAUACUUUUUUCCCUCACUGUACUGAUUUAUAUACAACUUUAGACACUGUAUGCAGCAGUAACCUAGCUUAUCUUCUUCUCCAGAAAGUAGCCUUUUCACAAUAAUAUAAUAUAUAUUAUAUCGUCAUAAUUACUCACUCAGUCUGGAUAUCUCUGAAGAUAAUUUAAACUGAAUUGAAAAUUCAAAUCAUGGCAGAAUAUUUUGGCCCAGUCGGCCCUGCCAUGACUUUGGCAACAUGCUGAUGUCCAGUGUUUUUCCCUGCUGAGUUUUCUGUAAAAGACAGCCAAAGGACUAUGUAGGGAAAUGGUGGCUGCAGAGAAGUUAAACAGCAGGCUAAACGGCGUUUCCCUCAGCAAAUGGACCAUGAUAAUUAACCUCACCAGCAGAAACACACACACACACACACCACACACCCCACACCACACACACACACACACACACACACAAACUUCAAAGCGUGUAUUUUUCUAACGCAAUAUUGGAAUGUUCUCUAUCAUCCUCUGAUAAAACCUUAGUGAGUCAUCGUCUGACAUUCCUCCGUGUCAAAGUGAAGUUAAUGCAAUCAGCUCAAUAUUUGGUUCUAAUGACCAGUGAUAAUGCGUAGGAUCGUGCGACCUUGUACUUCAGUAGUCCUCAUCAAUAUGUGUUGCGUUGGUUUCAUUCAGUGAUACAUAAUUGAUCCACCGUUGCUCUUUGAUCACCGCUUAUCACCGGUCUCUUUGAAGCUGUCCUAUGAGCAGGGCUCAAGACUAACCUUUUUCAUCACCGUCCCAGAAUCGUCCCAAAAGUGCAAUAACAACCUUCCCAAACUGAAGAUGAACCAUCCUAAAUGCUAAAAUACUUUGUUUAUUUUAAUGUUUUGAUAUGCCAACAUGGGUCUACUCUAGGACCAAGGUCAUUCACAGUGAUUUAAAACGCUAAUAAGAGUAGCCUACUACUGAAAUGGAUAAAUGGGUCUGUCAACUGAGCCAGAAAUUCACAUAAAAUAAUUUACCUCUAAAAAAGGCCAACAUUGGAAUAAUAUUCAAAUUUAUUUUUGCAUAAAUGUACAGGUAACUGACAAAAUAAUGGAAACACUUGAGUAGAUGAGGGAAACAAAGUAUAUUGAAAGCAGGUGCUUCCACAUAGGUGUGUUUCCUGAGUUAAUUAAGCAAUUAACAUCCCAUCAUGCUUAGGGUCAUGUAUAAAAAUACCCAGUUGCCCAUUCUUUUCGCUACCAUGGCUAGAAGACGAGAUCUCAGUGGCUUUGAAAGAGGGGUUUCAAAGGAGCAUAGGGGGUUUAAAGAGUGUGUGUGUGUCUCUCAGUCACCAGAUCUAAACCCAAUUGAACAAUUAUGGGAGAUUCUGAAGUGGCGCCAGAGACUGCGUUUUCCACCACCAUCAACAAAACACCAAAUUAUGGAAUUUCUCGUGGAAGAAUGGUGUCGCAUCCCUCCAAUAGAGUGGAGUUCCAGACACUUGUAGAAUCUAUCUCAAGGCACAUUGAAGCUGUUCUGGUGGCUCAUGGUGGCCCAACGCCCUAUUAAGACACUUUAUGUUGGUGUUUCCUUUAUUUUGGCAGUUACCUGUACAUAAAUAAUUAGCCUACAUCUCAGUGUAGCUUAGGUGAUGUGUCCACACCGAUGUUGACAUGAGGGAGGCGCCAGAAAAUCUAGCCAAACUUUAAUGAGACUUUUAAUUAUAUAAAUAUACGACAAGCUCCAGUCAUGUUUGACAAAUAUAAUGUAGGAUAAUUAACAUUAACGUCUAAAGGCUUGAUUCUGUUGGCGUAGGCCUACUCGAGGCACGGUUCGUUCAGAUCAAAUACAAGCGUGGAGAGAAAGGCCAGUACCUGUUGCGUAACAAGUGUCACCAUCCUUGCAAUCUGACCGGAGGCAGUCAGCAUUUUGAAACUAUUUAACCAUAAACUUCAUUAUUAAAAAUCUGGAGGUUUUAUGCCAUGUUAUGAGGCAUGUCUUACCUUGUUUCAAGUAGCCUAGCCAAAAUCAGACCAUAGAAACUUUGAGGGAAUUAUUUGAUAAACACUUCCUUAUGCCAUUGAAACCAGCUUUCUUUCAUUGUCCAGCAGCCAGACACAAUCUUAGUCAUAUUAGCAACCCAUGCUAGUUGUUGCGUCUUUAGAUCUCCCCUUUUUCAGAAUUUCUUAUGGAUAUUUUCAUCUGUCACAUGAAACCGCUCGCAUGUGUGAUGCACUUUUUAGAACAGUGUGUUCCCGCUACUUGCAUUUUUGGAAUAUUCGUACAUAGCCUACUGCCGUGUGCACAUUGCUGCGCUUAUAAUGUGAAGAAAUAAUAGUUUAUCAACAUUCUAAGCUAAACAUUCUGAUCUGUUGCAUCAGCCUCAUUGCUUUUUAAAUGUUUUUGAUGUACAGUGGUUAUAUGCAUUUUGGAUCUAUCGUCACAGAACUGUCCCAGAGUCUGUUUUGAAGCGUCCCAGACAUAUUGUGUCCCCAGGACAACGGGACACCCUUAAUUUCGAGCCCUGCCUUUGAGACACAGAAACAGGAAGGAGACUGAGUCACUUUGCCUUCACUCUGUCUGUGGUCUUACAGGGACACUGUGUACUGUACACUGCUCUCAUUCGUUUUCAUUGAUUGAUUAAUUACAGCAAUUUAAUGAAUGGCUUUUGUUAAUGAAGGCCUUCAGCAGUUUGGACUUGCAGGAUACUCAUACACAUUCCAUUAUUCCUAAUGCAUCCACUGAUGGUUUUGAGAGAUGAACUGUCAUGACUGAAUAAAUAUUUGGACUGGAGCAGGAAAAGGUUUUCAAAACAGAAUACAGAAACAAACAAACUUGAAGUUAAUUUAAAAGAAAAACACACUACCAUAAAAUCCAAAUAAAAGUCCAUUAUGUCCAGCAAUAUGAGAUCCUUCCAGUAUGAGUAGCAUCAGCACUAUACUGCUAAUGCUGUGGCGAAUAGUAAGUAAGGGAGAUGAGAUGGCUAUUCAAUCAACCUUUAUUUGAAGGGUAAAAACAUUGGAGAGAGCAGCAAGGACCUUUUCUCUGCACUUCUCUUGGUAGAGGGGUUAAUACGAACAGGACACAGUGAGACUGAGGAAUCGGCUCUGGUAUAGAGGACAACACUACCAUUAUCACACUACUGAGCAGAGCUGAGCAGAACCAAGCCAAGCUGUAAUGUCCUUUCCUAUUUAUGCAUCCACCAUAGGAACCAAAUACCUGAGCCAGCACAGUAUGGUUUGGGUCGGCACAAUAAUGUGAAAAUGGUCUACCACUUGGACCAUCCCACUCGGCAGACACUGGUUGAAUCAACAUUGUUUCCAUGUCAUAUGAAUGAAAAUACGUUAAACCAACCUGGAAUAGACAUUGAAUUUACGUCUGUGCCCAGUGGGAUCACACUGUAUGUACCCACACCCUACAGCUACUGUAUAUGCUGCAGAGGUAACAGGAUGCCAGCAGGGCCUGCUCCAAUUGUACCUCUGUGCCCCCCUAAAAUAUAUCUGUUCCCAGUCUGGUGCAGAAGGCUGGCCCCUCUUAGCCCCACUAAGGCCUGAUCCAGCACUAUAUGUACUGUUUGAAACAGCCGGCUGCAUAAUCCACUAUGUAAUGCUCUCUCUUCUGUGCUGUUUAUUAUUUCCAGACAAUGUACUACUGUAUCGAACACGAGAAGGGGACGUGGUCAAACUCAACGUCGAAACACAGGAGAUGGUCGUUUUGGUGGAGAACAGGAAGUUUGUGAGUAUUAGCUUAUUUUAUUCCCAAACGUGUAUAAGUAGGUGACAUGGUAUUGAAAAAUGUAUGAUGAUCAUUUGUAAUAAAUAUGACUCAAACAUCCUUACUUAUUUGUUAUCCAGGAAAUGUUCAAAGCCACCAAGUACCACAUAUCUCCAGACCUGGAACAUGUGUUGUUGGCCUACAACGUGGCCCCAGUGAGUAGAAAGGACCACACUUCUUCUUUUGUCUCAAAUGCAGAGUUUGUUGGGUGUUUCUGCCAUCUGAGGUUGAAUGCUGGAUGCUGGAUGCUGAAGCUGUGUUUGUCUUUGCAGGUCUACCAGCACUCCUGCAUGGCCUUCUACAUCAUCUGUAGUCUCAUCACCCCGUAAGUUAGUCUGUCUGUCUGUCUGUCUGUCUGUCUGUCUGUCUGUCUCUUCUUUCUUUCUUUCAUUUUUUAUUUAUUUUUUAAAUCUUUCUUUCUUUUUUUUAAAAUAUAUUUUUCUCUUUCUUUCUUUCUUUCUUUCUUUCUUUCUUUCUUUCUUUCUUUCUUUCUUUCUUUCUUUCUUUCUUUCUUUCUUUCUUUCUUUCUUUCUUUCUUUCUUUCUUUCUUUCUUUCUUUCUUUCUUUCUUUCUUUCUUUCUUUCUUUCUUUCUUUCUUUCUUUCUUUCUUUCUUUCUCUCUUACACUCUCAUCUUAUUUUUGUCUAAGGAUUAGAUGAAACAGUAAACUGUUGAAUGUUCUCUGGGACAGCUUGACCUUCUACUACAUAAGUGCUUAGCGUCGGCGGUCACAUCUAUGCACCUGGUUGGUUGUGCUGCCAACUGGUGGAUAAAGUUAAAACCCCAUCCCUAAUAUCAGCCUAAUAUCAGCCAGGUAUCUUCCCAGCAAACCAAAAUUGGGUCUGUGAAGGUUCCCAGAAAAUGUUUUAGGUCGUGACAAAUGUUCUCAUAACACAACAACAGUCCAGUCGUGGUGAUGAUUAUAGAAUGUUUGUAUAAAUAAUUUGCCUGAUGUUGCAAGAACGUUCACAGAACACAUUUAAUCUGUUUUUAAAGGUUUCCAGAAUGUUUCAUUAGGUUGUGGGAACAGUCUGGUGGGAACAUGUGGACAUCACAAAAGAUAUGUUCCCAAAACACAAAAACUGUCCAGUUGUGCGGAUGAUUAUACAAUGUUUCUUUUAGGGUGCAAGAAAACAUUAAACUGGUAUUACAAGAAUGUUCCCAGAACACAUUUUGCCUGUUCUUUAAAGGUUCCCAGAAUGUUUCAUUAGGUUGACAAGAUAUAUAAGAUACAGUGCAUUCGGAAAGUAUUCAGACCCCUUGACUUUUUCCACAUUUUGUUACAUUACAGCCUUCUUCUAAAAUUGAUUAAAUUGUUUUUUCCCCUCAUCAAUCUACACACAAUACCCCAUGAUGACAAAGCAAAAACAGGUGUAUCACAUUUACAUAAGUAUUCUGACCCUUUACUCAGUACUUUGUUGAAGCACCUUUGGCAGCGAUUAGAGCCUUCAUUCUUCUUGGGUAUGACGCUACAAGCUUGGCACACCUGUAUUUGGGGAGUUUCUCCCAUUCUUCUCUGAAGAUCCUCUCAAGCUCUGUCAGGUUGGAUGGGGAGAGUCGCUGCACAGCUAUUUUCAGGUCUCUCCAGAGAUGUUCGAUCAGGUUAAAGUCCGGCCUCUGGCUGGGCCACUGAAGGACAUUCAGAGACUUGUCCCGAAGCCACUCCUGCGUUGUCUUGGCUGUGUGCUUAGGGUCGUUGUCCUGUUGGAAGGUGAACCUUCGCCCCAGUCUGAGGUCCUGAGCGCUCUGGAGUAGGUUUUCAUCAAGGAUCACUCUGUACUUUGCUUUGUUAAACUUUCCCUCGAUCCUGACUAGUCUCUCAGUCCCUGCCACUGAAAAACAUCCCCACUGCAUGAUGCUGCCACCACCAUGCUUCACCUUAGGGAUGGUGCCAGGUUUCCUCAAGAUGUUCUCCCAUCUCCACAGAGGAACUCUGGAGCUCUGUCAGAGUGACCAUAGGGUUCUUGGUCACCUCCCUGACCAAGGCCCUUCUCCCCAGUUGCUCAGUUUGGCCAGCUCUAGGAAGAAUCUAGGUGGUUCCAAACUUCUUUCAUUUAAGAGUGAUGGAGGCCACUGUGUUCUUGGGGACCUUCAAUGCUGCAGAAAUGUUUUGGUACCUUUCCCCAGAUCUGUGCCUCGACACAAUCCUGUCUCGGAGCUCUACGGACAAUUCCUUCGACCUCAUGGUUUGCUUUUUGCUCUGACAUGCAAUGUCAACUGUGGGACCUUAUAUAGACAGGUGUGUGCCUUUCCAAAUAAUGUCCAAUCAAUUGAAUUUACCACAGGUGGACUCCAAUCAAGUUGUGGAAACAUCUCAAGGAUGAUCAAUGGAAACAGGAUGCACCUGAGCUCAAUUUAGAGUCUCAUAGCAAAGAGUCUGAAUACUUAUGUAAAUAAGGUAUUAUUAUUUUUUAUUUUUUUAUACAUUUGCAAACAUUUCUAAAAACGUGUUUUCGCUUUGUCAUUAUGGGGUGUGUGUAGAUUGACGAAGUAAACAUUUAUUGAAUCCAUUUUAGAAUAAGGCUGUAACAUAACAACAUUUGGAAAAAGGGAAGGGUUCUAAAUACUUUCCGAAUGCGCUGUAUGUUCCCAAAACACAAAAACUGUCCACACACAUUUUCGUCAUUUAGUAGACGCUCCUAUUCAGAGCGACUUACAGUAGUACAUUUCAUUUAAAAAAUAUCCUCCUCCAUACUGGUCCCCUGUGGGAAUCAAACCCACAACCCUGGUGUUGCAAGCGCCAUGCUCUACCAACUGAGCCACACAGGAUUGAUUAUGUGCUGAUUAUUACAAUGUUUCUAUUAGCUUGCAAAAAAACAUUUGCCUGAUGUUGCAAGAACAUUCCAAGAACACAUUUCUUAUGUUCUUUAAAAGUUCCUAAAACAUUUAUUUAGGUUGUGGGAACUUUUGGGGAUAUGAUGAGAUAGGUUCCCAUAACACUAAAACUGUCCAGUUGUGCUGACAUUCAGAUAAUAUUUGUAUCAGGGUGCACAAAACAUUCCUUUGACAUUGCAAGAAUGUUGACAGAACAGCCUUUCUGAGUUCUUUAAAGGCUCCCAGAACAUUUCAUUAGGCUGUGGGAACAGUGUGGGUACAUCACAAGAGAGAGGUUCCCAAAACACAAAAUAUGCUCAGUUGUGAUGACAUUCAUACAAUGUUUAAGUUAAGUUGCACAGGGCAUUAAUGUUGUAACAACUUAAUGUUGUAAGAAUUUAAUAAGUACAUUUUUAUAGCAUAUUUGUUUUAGGUUAAACAUAAUAGUCCAUUGAUGUUCACACAAUACACAUUUUACCUUGUCUUUGAGGUCCUCAGAACAUUUCAAGAACAUUUAGAAAAUUGUAUAUUUAAGUUUGACCUAAUAUUACCACAACAUUCUCAGCGUGCACAUUUGUAGCUCCUUAAAGCAUAAGAAAACAGAUUGGAAGACAUUCCCAUUAUGUUUCUCUCCAGAUGUAAUGAAAAUUUACAUUUGAGGACUGUGUUGUAGGUUGUAUACAGUGAGCUCCAAAAGUAUUGGGACAGAGACACAUUAUUUUGUUGUUUUGGCUCUGUACUCCAGCACUUUGGAUUUGAAAUGACUAAGUGGUUAAAGUGCAGACUGUCAUCUUUAAUUGGAGGGUAUUUUCAUCCAUAUCGGGUCAACCAUUUAGAAAGUACAGCACUUUUUCUACAUAGUUCCCCCAUUUUAGGGGACCAAAUAUAUUGGGACAAAUUCACUUAUGUGUAUUAAAGUAGUCAAAGUUUAGUAUUUGGUCCCAUAUUCACAGCACACAAUGAUUACAUCAUGUGACUCUAUAACUCUACAAACUUGUUGGAUGCAUUUGCUGUUUGUUUUGGUUGUGUUUCAGAUGAUUUUGUUUCCAAUAGAAAUGAAUGGUAAAUCAUGUAUUGUGUCAUUUUGGAGUCACUUUUAUUGUAAAUAGAAUAUAAUAUGUUUCUAAACACUUCUACAUUAAUGUGGAUGCUACCAUGAUUACAGAUAGUCCUGAAUUAAUCGUGAAUAAUGAUGAGUCUGUAACUUUCUGACUGUUAAACACUAAUAUAAAAAAUUUACGAAUAGGUGCCCAUCUUUAUAAUAUAAUAUAUAAUAUACCAUUUAGCAGACACUUUUAUCCAAAGCGACUUACAGUCAUGCGUGCAUACAUUUUUAUGUAUGGGUGGUCCCAGGGAUCAAACCCACUACCCUGGCGUUACAAGCGCCAUGCUCUACCAAUUGAGCUACAGAGGACCAUUGGCAUUGGAAAACCUCCCCGGUCUUUGUGGUUGAAUCUGAAGUUCAUUGCUUGAUUGAGGGACCUUACAGAUAAUUGUAUGUGUGGGGUACAGAGAUGAGGUAGUCAUUAAAAAUCCUAAUAUUGCGCACAGAGUGAGGCCAUGCAACGUAUUAUGUGACUUGUUAAGCUAAUUUUUACUCCUGAACUUAUUUAGGCUUGCCAUAACAAAGUUAAAUACUUUUUGACUCAAGAAAUGUUAGCUUUUCAUUUUUUUAUUAAUUUGGAGAGAAAAAAACUUGAAAAAAAAAACAUAAUUCCACUUUGACAAUAUGGGGUAUUGUGUGUAGGCCAGUGACACAAAAUCUCAAUGUAAUCCAUUUUAAAUUCAGGCUGUUACACAACAAAAUUUGGAAAAAGUCAAGGGGUGUGAAUACUUUCUGAAGGCACUGUAAACUACUAAAAGAGCGGAUGUCUUUAUUUCGUCCAGAUUUAUAAAUCCAGUCAGAAAUGCAGAAUUUAAACAAAACAUGUUCAACUUUAAAAAAGCACCCGAUAUAAUUCCUACUUUGAGACGCUUGAUAUGGUCCCCCCCCGGCUUAUUUUUCAUGAUCUGAAAAGCAAAAGUGAUCCUAGAUCAGCACUCAUAGUCUUGGAUACCUUGUAAAUAUGGGCCCAGAAGUAUACAGUACCAUUCAAAAGUUUGGACACACCUACUCAUUCCAAGGUUUUUCUUUAUUUUUACUAUUUUCUACAUUGUAGAAUAAGAGUGAAGACAUCAAAACAAUGAAAUAACACAUAUGGAAUCAUGUAGUAACCAAAGAAGUGUUAAACAACUCAAAAUAUAUUUUAUAUUUGAGAUUCUUCAAAGUAGCCACCCUUUGCCUUGAUGACAGCUUUGCACACUCUUGGCAUUCUCUCAACCAGCUUCCAUGAGGUAGUCACCUGGAAUGCAUUUCAAUUAACAGGUGUGCCUUGUUAAAAGUUAAUUUGUGGAAUUUCUUUCCUUAAUGCGUUUGAGCCAAUCAGUUGUGUUGUAACAAGGUAGGGGUGGUAUACAGAAGAUAGCCCUAUUUGGUAAAAGACCAAGUCCAUAUUAUGGCAAGAACAGCUCAAAUAAGGAAAGAGAAACAACAGUCCAUCAUUACUUUAAGACAUGAAGGUCAGUCAAUCCGGAAAAUGUCAAGAACUUUGAAAGUUUCUUCAAGUGCAGUCGCAAAAACCAUCAAGCGCUAUGAUGAAACUGGCUCUCAUGAGGACCGCCACAGGAAUGGAAGACCCAGAAUUACCUCUGCUGCAGAGGAGAAGUUCAUUAGAGUUACCAGCCUCAGAAAUUGCAGCCCAAAUAAAUGCUUCACAGAGUUCAAGUAACAGACACAUCUCAACAUCAACUGUUCAGAGGAGACUGCGUGAAUCAGUCCUUCAUGGUCGAAUUGCUGCAAAGAAAGCACUACUAAAGGACACCAAUAAGAAGAAGAGACUUGCUUGGGCCAAGAAACACGAGCAAUGGACAUUAGACCGGUGGAAAUCUGUCCUUUUCGUCUGAUGAGUCCAAAUGUGAGAUUUUUGGUUCCAACCGCUGUGUCUUUGUGAAACGCAGUGUAGGUGAACGGAUGAUCUCUGCAUGUGUGGUUCCCACCGUGAAGCAUGGAGGAGGAGGUGUGAUGGUGUGGGGGUGCUUUGCUGGUGACACUGUCUGUGAUUUAUUUACAAUUCAAGGCACACUUAACCAGCAUGGCUACCACAGCAUUCUGCAGCAAUACGCCAUCCCAUCUGGUUUGCGCUUAGUGGGACUAUCAUUUCUUUUUCAACAGGACAAUGACCCAAAACACACCUCCAGGCUGUGUAAGGGCUAUUUGACCAAGAAGGAGAGUGAUGGAGUGCUGCAUCAGAUAACCUGGCCUCCACAAUCCCCGACCUCAACCAAAUUGAGAUGGUUUGGGAUGAGUUGGACCACAGAGUGAAGGAAAAGCAGCCAACAAGUGCUCACCAUAUGUGGGAACUCCUUCAAGACUGUUGGAAAAGCAUUCCAGGUGAAGCUGGUUGAGAGAAUGCCAAGUGUGCAAAGCUGUCAUCAAGGCAAAGGGUGGCUACUUUGAAGAAUCUCAAAUAUAAAAUAUAUUUUGAGUUGUUUAACACUUCUUUGGUUACUACAUGAUUCCAUAUGUGUUAUUUCAUAGUUUUGAUGGCUUCACUAUUAUUCUACAAUGUAGAAAAUAGUAAAAAAUUAAGAAAAAUCCUCAAAUGAGUAGGUGUGUCCAAACUUGACUGGUACUGUAUGAAGAGUAAAAAAAUAUGGUUGUGUUUGAACUGUAUGAUUAAAUGCUGUUCAAAUGUCCUAUGAAUGAAAUUAAAAUGCCAUGUGUCUUCAUAUCACCUACAAAUUGCCAUUAAAUCUGGAGAGAAACAUGAUGGGGAUGUAUUCCAAUCAGCAUCCAAUUUGCAUGCUGAGAAUGUUGUGGUAAUAUUAGGUCAAACCUACGGUAAAUAUACAAUUUUCUAAAUGUUUUUUAAAUGUUCUGAGGACCUCCAAGAUGAGGUAAAAUGUAUUUUGCAUGAACAUCAAUGGAAUAUUAUGUUAAAUCUAAAACAAAAAUGCUAUGAAUGUCAUAAAAACGAACUUUCAUUCUUACAACAUUAAGGGAAUGUCCUUAAUGUUGGACAUUCCCUGUUCCCACAACCUAAUUAUAUGUUCUGGGAACCGUUAAAAAAACUCAAAGGCUGUCAGUAUUCUUGCAACAUCAAAGGAAUGUUUUGUGCACCCUGAUACAAACAUUAUCUGAAUGUCAGCACAACUGGACAUUUUUUGCGUUUUGUGAACAUAUCUCUUGUCAUGACCCCACAAUGUUACCACAACCUAAUGAAACAUUCUGGGAACCUUUUAAAGAACAGACAACAUGUGUUCUGGGAACGUUCUUGUAACAUCAGGUGAAUGUUUUUUGCAUCCUAAAAGAAACAUUGUAGAAUCAUCCGCACAACUGGUUUUAUGUCUUGGGAACAUAUAUUUUGUGUUGUUCCCACCAGACUGUUCCCACAACGUAAUGAAACAUUCUGGGAACCUUUAAAGAACAGAUUAAAUGUGUUAUAGGAAAAGUCUUGUAACAUCAGUCAAUUGUUGUAUACAAACAUACAAACCUUUGGGGAAAGUUUCUGUGGUGGUUGUUACAGAUGUUGUGCACAACAGUUUUUAGUGAAUGUUAGAACAUUCCAAUGAUAUUUAAUCUAAAACAUUUUUGAUAAGUAAAUAGAUUUGAACAAAAAUGUUCUCUGAAUGUUUUUGGGAUGUUAUCAUCCUAAUGUUAGUUAAAAACCCUAACUUGAACUUAAUUGGAAACUUGGCUAAUAUUCAGGGAAUGUUCCCGGUUUGCUGGGUUGUUAUGUAGCACACUCUGUCAGGCCUGCUUUUUGUUCCAUAUCUGUACUGAGUAUUAAAGUUAAGCAAACUUUUCUAGUGCUAAAUUUGGCUUUGGAUGAUUGAUAGUACCAUUACAGAAGCAACCUAGAUAGCUCACUGGAAGAUACCAUGUAUUUUUCUGCACAGUCUGAGGCACACACCCUGAAACACACACACACACAUCAUACACACACACACACACACUGUGACAGAGUGUGUGUUUUAUCUCCACAGGGAGACGUGGAGUCUAAAUCCUCCUGAGGUACGGAACGCCCCCCUGCAGUAUGCUGGAUGGGGACCCAAGGGCCAACAGCUGGUAAGAGACCACACACACCUGUCUACAACCUCACUGUCUCACUGAAAAAAAAACACAUGCGCACAAAUGCGCACACACACACAUCUCCAUUACCGAUAUGCUCCAGCCUUGAACUUGAAACAAAUGUUAUUCCAACAUUUUGAAGGCAUGCCAUUUGACAAAUAUUUGACAAACACCGUGAUAAGCCGUGAUAUAUAAUAAGCCCCUCUAUGCUUUCCCUUUCUCCACAGCACCACGUUGGAGAUUAUGUCAAAACGCUGUUAUUAUGGUUAAAACAGGAAGCAGUCUUGUUGUUAUUGUGUGAAAGGAGAGAUCUUCUAAAAAGAGCAGCGUCUCUCACAGCUACAAUAGCUUUGUUGUUUUCACUCAUUAGUACACACUUUCUCAUUCACCUCAUAACACACAGCACUUCAGAUUGGACUAAUUACAGAACAACAGUAAUAGGCUGUAUUUCCUUGUGUUUCUCCACUAACUUACCUUUUACUGCAAAUCUGUUGGUUUUUACAUAAUUGCUCUUAUCAUAUAAUUUGUCUAAAUUAGGCUACAGACACAUUUAGAGGGAGAAAAUAUUAAUAUUUCAAGCUAGUACAAUAUGAGAUUGCGUCGUCUGCCAAGGGAGAAAGCAGUUAUAUUUGCAUAUGGUAAUAUAGUACCGGAUUGGUUUAUUUUUGUUUUGAUGUUUAUCUGCGUGUUUGGUUUAAUGAAGAGCUGUAUGGGUGAACUGUCUGAGCCGAUGUGUUUACUCUCACCUGAUAACACCAGUUAGUUAUUCUUCUCCCAUUUCUGGACGGAAUGAUUUUGCAUAUUAAAACCUGUCGCAAUUGUCAGAGUUGUCCAUCAUAUGACAUUACAUAUAUAAAACGUGUGUGUGUGGAUCCAGCGGUGCUGAUUGCUCUGUCAUGUAGAGUAAUUGCCCAUGGCUUACUGAUCACAGCAGGAUGCUUCUCUGUCCCCUGGUUCCACAGCACAAACACACACACACACACACACACACACACACACACACACACACACACACACACACACACACACACAUUAGAGCCUCAUGUACAAAGGGUGUAGAAAAUGAAGAGAGAAAUAUAACUGCUCCCACCUCUCCCACCGACACAGGGUAAAGCUGCAGGACAGGAGAGGAGAGUGGAUUGACAGUGGAUUGGUGGUGGUGCCACACACUCACCCCCCCAGCAGUAGUCUUCUUAAUCCCUACUACUCACUAUGGCACAGUGGGCAUACACCAGCAGUCCAACACAGCAUCAGCAGCUGAACACAGUAAUGCCAACCUCCCCACUGACACCCCUGUCUGAACCAGUUCUCAAUCAGCCAAAAUGUGUGUGUGUGUGUGUGCAUGGUUGUGUGUGUGUGCCCCUUCAGUGAUUCAGACGGCUACUGUACCUUCAUUAGAAGCAGAGGGGUGUUUUGCUUACUACUCUAUUUGGAGAUAGAGUGGAAUAUGACCUCUUAUGAAAUCUGCUUCCUUUUAUAUCUGCUGUAUUCAAUGCUUUAAGGCAUGUUUUGUCACUCAGUCCAGAUUGUGUUGAUGUGUCUUUUUGUGUUGAGUGGAUAUGUCUCCAGGCUGAAGGAUGGAUGAGUGUUUUCAGAACUGAGUGAAUGUCACACUGAUGAAAGUUCCCCAGGAGGAGUGUCAGUCUUUUUUCUUUAUCUAGUAAUUCAUUAUAAGGUAAUACUGUUUUAGUAUUAUAAGGUAGUAAUUCUGUUUUGAUCUAGUAAUUAUAAGGCAGCCAUAGUGUCAAGCUGAAAAGAACGCAUUUGAAAGCCUGGCAAGAGGCAAAAGCAAAAUCUCUGAAAUGCACCCAACAGUUAUUUUGGAGGUACCAUACUGACAGUAAUGGGACGAUGGUGUAGUCAACCCAGCGCCAUGUCCUUUUUUUACCCAGAUCUUUAUCUUUGAGAACAACAUCUACUACAGAGCAACGGUGGAGAGCAGGACCAUUCGCCUGGUGUCCACAGGGAAGGAGGGAGUCAUCUUCAAUGGCCUGAGUGACUGGCUGUAUGAAGGUAGGAGAACUACAAAUACACCAUCACUACUGCAUACAGCUACUCUAACAGAACUACAAAUACUAGCUGGAUAGAGAACGCUUGUUAGUUACACCCCAGUAUUGCAGCAGUAUUGAAACACAGGUCAUGGAAUGACAAAGAAAGUCCUCCAUCUAUUCUGUACCAUGUUUCAAACAAGGAUAAGGAACAAUACAUUUUACAUUUUUACAUUUUUAGUCAUUUAGCAGACGCUCUUAUCCAGAGCGACUUAGUUUAUUUUUUCAUACUGGCCCCCCUUGGGAAUCGAACCCACAACCCUGGCGUUGCAAACGCCAUGCUCUACCAACUGAGCUACAUCCCUGCCGGCCAUUCCCUCCCCUACCCUGGACGACGCUGGGCCAAUUGUGCGCCGCCCCAUGGGUCUCCCGGUCACGGCCGGCUACGACAGAGCCUGGAUUCGAACCAGGAUCUCUAGUGGCACAGCUAGCACUGCGAUGCAGUGCCUAGAGACCAUUUUGUUUCCAUUUUAGUCAUUUAGGAGACGCUCUUAUCCAGAGCGACUUACAGGAGCAAUUAGGGUUAAGUGCCUUGCUCAAGGGCACAUCGACACAUUUUCACCUAUUCAGCUCAGGGAUUCGAACCAGUGACCUUUUGGUUACUGCCCCAAAGCUCUUAACCGCUAGGCUACCUGCCGUUUUUAAGAUCAGUUUUUCCCUCUCCUCCGAGACAGAAGGCUAUCUAUGGCUUGUGUUUGUAAAUUAUUCCCUUUUAAAGAGAAACAUCUGGUUGCAUUUCACUAUCGUUGUCCCCAGAGCUCCCCUAGCUUUUCUGUGUUUAGGCAGUAUUCAUUAAUUCAUGGCUGCAAUCGCACUACUACUGUACCUCCAUUUGUAAUGUGAUAUGAAACAUUUCCUGCUCAAUAUUGUAUGUGAGCUAUCUACAGAUCUGUCUACUGUAUUCAUUUUUUCAUUCAUUUUAUUAAAAUUGUUCCCCCUCAUUGAUUUGUUUUGUUGGCUGGCUGAUGGUUUUAAAACUUUCGAUGUAACCCCUUAUAUAACUGGAUUACUGGAUGGGAUGUGUAUUUUUAUAGUGUUUUGACUGAGUUUCAUAACAGCAAGCUUAGGUUUAAGGUGAAGGUAGUACCUCCUCUCUCUACUAGUCACUGCAGUUCAACCACAGGGCAUUCUUGAUCCCAAAUCAGUUUUUGAGAGUAUUAUUAAAUCAUUAUAACACACUUACAUAUAAAAUGUUUAGUCAUUUAGCAGACGCUCUUAUCCAGAGCGACUUACAGUUAGUGAGUGCAUACAUUUUCAUUUUCAUACUUGUAUACCCUAAGGUCACUCUAUCACUAUGUAGGCCCAUAGAGUACCACAGUAUGAGUCAUAAUACCCAUAAAAAAGGUCAAACAGAGAAAUGGUUCCAAUCGUUUUUCCACCAUUCAUUUUUCCCAUAGGGGAUUUUAGAAACACAUUAGGGCUGUGUUUCGUGUAGGCUUAUCCUGGCGUGAUGUUUUGAUAACCGUGUAAAUAUCUCUAGGAUAGAACGAACGACCAGCUGGCUUGGGUAGCAACCCUAGAUUUGUGUCGGGACUAUAUCUUGUGGAAGGAUGAAAUAGUAUGAAUAAAUUAAUCAAAAUAACGAUUUUAAUGACAAUAUGUACCCGUUGUAUAAAAGUGAUAAUGCCCUCGAAGCCGGUGUUUGGAGGAUAUAUUGGCACGGUUUGCCGGCCCUCGACUUUGUCUUGGGCCUAACAACACCUGUGCCAAUAUAUCCUCCAAACACUGGCUUCUCUGGCGUUAUCACUUAAGUGGAAAUAUCUAGGAGCAACAACGGCUCAGCUGCGAAGUGGUAGGCCACACAAGCUCACAGAACGGGAUCGGCGAGUGCUGAUGCGCGUAGCGCGUAAACAUCGUCUUUCCUCGGUUGCAACACUCACUACCGAUUUCCAAACUGCCUCUGGAAGCAACGUCAGCACAAUAACUGUUUGUCGGGAGCUUAAUGAAAUGGGUUUCCAUGGCCAAGCAGCCGCACACAAGCCUAAGAUCACCAUGCGCAAUGCCUAGCGUCGGCUGGAGUGAUGUAAAGCUCGCCGCCAUAGACUCUGGAGCAGUGGAAACGUGUUCUCUGGAGUGAUGAAUCACGCUUCACCAUCUGGCAGUCCGACGGACGAAUGUGGGUUUGGCGGAUGCCAGGAGAACGCUACCUGCCUGAAUGCAUUGUGCCAACUGUAAAGUUUGGUGGAGGAGGAAUAAUGGUCUGUGGCAGUUUUUCAUGGUUCGGGCUAGGUCCCUUAGUUCCAGUGAAGGGAAAUCUUAACGCUACAGCAUACAAUUACAUUCUAGACGAUUCUGUGCUUCCAACUUUGUGGCAACAGUUUGGGGAAGGCCCUUUCCUGUUUCAGCAUGACAAUGCACCCGUGCACAAAACGAGGUCCAUACAGAAAUGGUUUGUUGAGAUUGGUGUGGAAGACUUGACUGGCCUGCACAGAGCCAACCUCGACUCCAUCAAACACCUUUGGGAUGAAUUGGAACACUGACUGCUAACCAUGCCUAAUCGCCCCCAAUAUCAGUGCCGAACUGCCUUACCUCACUAAUGCUCUUGUGGCUGAAUGGAAGCAAGUCCCUGCAGCAAUGUUCCAACAUCUAGUGGAAAGCCUUCCCAGAAGAGUGGAAGCUGUUAUGGCAGGAAAGGGGGGACCAACUCCAUAUUAAUGCCCAUGAUUUUGGAAUGAGAUGUUCGACCAGCAGUCCACAUACUUUUGGCCAUGUAAUGUAGUUGCAUAGUAUUUACCUGCCAACAGUGUUAUACAGUGACUCUUGAACUGCAGGACCUGAUUUAUGUUUGAAUGUUGUACAUUUUAUAAAAUGUCUUCAUGCAGGGCUCCCUUGAAAAAGAGGCCUUGGUCUCAAUGGGACUCCCUGCUAAAAUAAAGAUUAAAUAAAUAAAGUAAAAUAAAAUCUCAGAGCAAUUUCAUCAGACUGGUGUGUGUGUGUGUGCGUGUGUGUCCCUCUCCCUGUCUUACCAGAGCAGAAUGCUUGGUGUGAGGGUGAGGGUGGUGUAGUAUAGUAGUGAGACAGGUUUAUCUUCCAGCCAGGCAGGACAGGAGUGAUUGUCAUGCAGAGCAGAGAGAGUGUCACACAAAACCCACAGCGCAGGGCGUGGAUCUCUUUACAACACCCCAGUGCCGAUUUAUCACUGCAGAUGUGUCGCGACAGGAAACGAGAAGCUGUCUGUCUGUCUAUGGGGUUAUGUAUUGGAAUCGGAAGUGUGUUAUUGAGUGGUGAUGAUGUGGAGAUGUUUGCACUGGAUCGGAGUAACACUUCCUUUGAUGGGCCUUAGGCUACUGUGCAUAGUAAGCAUAAUACUGUAUUUUCACAUUCAGUAUAUACAGUGCCUAGUGAAAGUCUACACACACAAUGACAGGUAUUCGUAUUAACAUUUUAGCUUUUAUAAUAAACUAAUGUCUUUACAGUGUUACAUAUUAGUUUCACGGGCACAACAUGUGCUUCAAAAGUAGCUAGAAUUCAUAUAGGCCCAAUAUAGGCUGCAUCUCAAUUAAUUUUUCAAUUUAGAGCCCUGUACACACCCCUUGCACAGUUUUCAGAUUUUGCUGCCUUAAAAAUAAAUGUAAAAAAAGGGAUUGACUUUGAUUUUUUCCCCUACUUAUCUACACAACCUGAAAGAAAACAUAUAUGGACAUUUUUCUAGUAGUCUAUCUGUGUCUCCCUGAGGGCUGUGGAGAUCUGGGUCAUGGUCCUCUUGCUGUCACCAUGACCACACUGACACUGAUAUACAGUAAGUAAUCCGACCCACUGACCUCAGAACUCCUUCACCAAAGCUCUGCCAUGCCAUGCCAGGCCAGUUUCAGCCGUAUUUCCUCCCAUUGAUUCUCAGUGGGUCAGCAGAGAGCACAGCUCUUUCAGAUCACCUAUACCCUGCUUUGACUCCUCAUACAGAUGGUAUUUUGAUAUGCAUCAAUAGAAUGUGUGGGAUGUAUGCUGUCAUACUGUACUGUAGAUUAUGUUGAACAAUGUCCUUGAGAGCAUUCAUUCAGUUAUUUUAUCAUCCAUAUCUCAUCCCUAGAACGAUAACUCAACAUGUUUGUCCAAUAUACCCAUCAUUCACCGCUCUCACAAUCUCUGUAUGCUGGUCUUCAUCGUUCUUCAUAGACCAUCCUCAUUCUCUGUCAACUGAAGUUGAGUCAUUUUGUGUUAGUCUCAGGGGAAGACUGCUGUUUGUGACGUUUCUUUAAUAGGAAGCCUUCCUGGAAGGUCUAUGCUGCCACCUGGUGGGCUUUUGUGGAUUAUAUUUGACUGGGGCAUAUAACUGCAUUCAUUUAAUUACUUAUCUUGUCCUUUUCUUUACCUCUGUUUUCAAAUGACAUUUUGACAUGCACUCUCCACACCUGAUGAAUGAUAAAUAAGUUGACCCAGAACAUAAUCUGAUAUUCUACCUGCCUCUGUAUCUCUGUCUGUAACCCUGCAACAUAUUUCAUAAAUAGCAAUGAGUAAUGGACCUCUACUCCAGUGACAGUACAGUAAAUGGGUGCCAUAAAUCAGACAGGCCACAGCACAUCUGCUACAUCAGCAUCUGUUUACACAGUGUUGUGUGGAGGAAAUAUCCUUUAUCAGCACACACAGCUAAUGAAGUGACUUUGGGAUAUGAUGACAUAUAUACUUAACAAAAAUAUAAAUCAAACAUGUAAAUUGUUGGUCCCAUGUUUCAUGAGCUGAAAUAAAUGAUCCCAGAAAUGUUCCAUAUGCACAAAAAGCAUAUUUCUCUAAAAGGUUGAGCACAAAUUUGUUUACAUUUGCAAAGAUAAUCCAUCCACCUGACAGAUGUGACAUAUCAAGAAGCUGAUUAAACAGCAUGAUCAUUACACAGGUGAACCUUGUGCUGGGGACAAUAAAAGGCCACUCUAAUAUGUGCAGUUUUGUCACACAACACAAUGCCACAGAUGUCUCAAGUUUUGAGGGAGGGUGCAAUUGGCAUGCUGACUGCAGGAAUGUCCACCAGAGCUGUUGUCAGAUAAUUUAAUGUUAAUUUCUCUACCAUAAGCUGCCUCCAACGUCGUUUUAGAGAAUUUGGCAGCAUGUCCAACCGGCCUCACAACUGCAGACCACGUGUAACCACGCCAGCUCAGGGCCUCCACAUCCGGCUCCUUCACCUGCAGGAUCGUCUGAGAUCAGCCACCCGGACAGCUGAUGAAACUGUGGGUUUGCGCAACCUAAUAAUUUCUGCACAAACUGUCAGAAACCGUCUCAGGGAAGCUCAUCUGCGUGCUGGUCGUCCUCACCAGGGUCUUGACCUGACUGCAGUUCGGCGUCGUAACCGACUUCAGUGGGCAAAUACUCACCUUUGAUGGCCACUGGCACGCUGGAGAAGUGUGCUCUUCACGGAUGAGUCCCGGUUUCAACUGUACCGGGCAGAAGGCAGACAGCAUGUAUGGCGUCGUGUGAGCGAGCGGUUUGCUGAUGUCAACACCAGAUUGCACCAUGGCGGCGGUGGCGUAAUGGUAUGGGCAGGCAUAAGCUACGGACAAUGAACACAAUUGCAUUUUAUUGAUGGCAAUUUGAAUGCACAGAGAUACCGUGAUGAGAACCUGAGGCCCAAUGCACGGCCCCAUGUUGUAAGGAUCUGUACACAAUUCCUGGAAUUUGGAAAUGUCCCAGUUCUUCCAUGGCCUGCAUACUCACCAUUUAAAUUGACUGAUUUCCUUAAAUGAACUGUAACUCAGUAAAAUCUUUGAAAUUGUUGCAUGUUGCGUUUAUAUUUUUGUUCAGUAUACAUCGUAUCAGUAAACAACAGACUAUUAGCUUUAUUAUUAAUCUUAUAACUAUCUUGUAACCUUAUAGCCUUAAAGCCUGCCUUGAAGAUGAAUGGACAUUAUUUAUCACCAUAUUUUUUAUACAGUGUUAUACAGUAGUUCAUUGUUUAUGGGGUUUGUUGUUCCAGAGGAGAUCCUUCAGACCCACAUAGCCCAUUGGUGGUCUCCAGAUGGCCUCAGACUGGCCUACGCCACCAUCAACGACACCCUGGUGCCCAAGAUGGAGGUACCCAUUUUCACUGGCGCCCCGUAUCCAACAGGGCUGGAGUAUCAUUACCCCAAGGUAAAUCCCAGAGACAGCCUCAUGUCUAUAUUCUCUGUCCUCUCUGCCCUACACUGCCCUGACCUUUUUUGAGUUAGUGGUAUUGAAUUGAGUACCAAUUGUUGUUGUGCAGAUCGUCUCUGGUUCAAACCCAGGUCGGAACAGAAAAGGGAUCAACUCUUCUACAGAGUUGUGUGUGGAUCUGACAGUUGACUUCACACAGACAAAAAGGUUCCAUAUAGAUACUGUAUAACCCACUGAAUUAUAUGAUCUCUGGCAUAACCUGUCUUUUCCCCUGGAGGCUGGGGAGGAGAACCCUGUAGUACACCUGUCUGUGGUGAGUUUGAAUGGCCCCCUUCACACGGUGGAGAUGAAGAAACCAGACGACCCCAGGAUAGGGUGAGUGUCUCACUGACUGAAUGACACAGUUACACGGUUCAAGAUAAUCUUUAUUAUCCAUAGGGCAGGGAUCAUCAACUAGAUUCAGCGGCGGGCCGAUUUCGUUCUUGAGCGGAUGGUCAGGGGCCGGAACAAAAUAAUUUGUAGACUGCAAAUUGACCGCAAGAAGCCCAGAUAUAACAUUUGACUAAAACAUAAUCAUUUCAAACCUUGCUUACAUUUGUAUACUAUCAAAUAUACAGUAUCUCUCUAUUAUGCGUUGGAAAAGCUGGUUGAAAGAAUACCAAGAGUGUGCAAAGCUGUCAUCAAGGCAAAGGGUGGCUACUUUGAAGAAUCUCAAAUAUAAAAUAUAUUUUGAUUUGUUGAACACUUUUUUGGUUACUACAUGAUUUCAUAUGUGUUAUUUCAUAGUUUUGAUGUCUUCACUAUUAUUCUACAAUGUAGAAAAUAGUAAAAAUAAAGAAAAACCCUUGAAUGAGUAGGUGUGUCCAAACAUUUGACUGGUACUGUAUAUUAUUUAAUUUUUUUCCUCAGAAAACUUGAGGGGGGUGCAUAUAAAAUCACCUGCUGGCCAAAUUUGGCCUGCGGGCCAUCAGUUGGGGAACCCUGCCAUAGCAUAGAUGCAAACUUUCAAUUAAAUAUUGUCACCUUUCAGUAUGAAUAUUAGUGUUUGUGGGAGCACUCAACAUCAUGGAAUAACCUUGCAUCAUAAUGUAUACUGCAUUAGCCAUGUCAAUUCUGAAAUAAUAGGAAAUGAAUUUACUGGACAUUGAACUUGUAACUCAUUUCAUUUUGUUCUUUUUGUAGAAUGGAAUAUUACAUCACAAUGGUGAAGUGGGCCACCAGCACCAAGGUGGCAGUCAACUGGCUGAACAGAGCACAGAACAACUCCAUACUGACACUGUGUGAGGCCACCACAGGAGUCUGCACUAAGGUGAAACUUACGCACACACACACACACACACACACACACAAGAACACACACAAACACGCAUGCAUGCACACACCGCCACCCUCUCUGACACUGGCCCCUAACUUGCUAUCUCAUACUUUUCCAGAAACAUGAGGAUGAAAGUGAUAGCUGGCUACACAAACAGGUAAGUCAUAAGAACAGUAAAAGCAUUUUAUAAAAUGUAUCACUCACAACACACAUAGAAAACAGCCCAUACAUUACAGUCAACACUUACAGAAGAAAGGGAUGUGGUAGGAGGGACAUAAAUGCAGUUUACAGAUUUAGCGUUCUCAUAUACUCAGACUCACUCCUCUUUUCUUUCGCUACUGUAGAACGAAGCACCACUCUUCUCCCAUGAUGGAUACAAGUUCUUCUUUACCAGAGCUAUACCUCAGGGUGGGAGGGGCAAGUUCUUCCAUAUCUCCAUGUCAACAUCCCAGGUAGAACAACACUGUCCUCCUUCCUGGAGUUAUGUAUGUGCUCUGUGUAGUAGCCAACUGUUCUUUAACCUGUAGUUGCCAUGUAUUGUUCCAUUCCAGCCCAACACCAGCACAGACACUCUGCAGUCCCUGACAUCAGGCGACUGGGAUGUUACUCAGAUACUGGCCUACAGCCAAGACAGGCAGCUCAUGUAAGUCUCUCCACUCAUACAUUACAGGAACAUUACCAAAUAGUACCAUUUAUGAUUUCCAAAUGCAUAUAAUUUCCUGUCACUUAUAGUUGAUCAAAUGUUACCAUGGAAAUUUGACUUACCUUCUCUUGUUCAGGUAAUAGUCAUUGAACUCCAAACUGAUCUUCAUCACAAUGUUUUACAGAUACUUUUUGAGCACAGAGGAUGAUCCAAAACGACGACACCUCUACAGGUAUAAUUAGAUUUCUCGAUUCAGCUCUCUAAGGGUUUAUUCUGUGAGCGAUCACUAUGUAAUUGUUUUGAUCUAAUAGGGUGUAAUGCUAAUAGCGUGGUUUACUUCAUCUAUCCUAUGUCAGUGCGGACACUAAAGGCCCGUUCAACCGCCGCUGUCUGUCGUGUGAGUUCAAGUGUGGCUAUGUGGACGGCUCCUUCAGCCACAACAUGCAGUACUUCCUGCUCAACUGUAAAGGUGAGUGCUCCUGACCUUGAAUCCUGAACACUAAGCAGCAUAUGUUGCACUUUCCUGAAUCAGUAGAUUUUUGUGACAGUAGAUUAUUUCGCUAUGCUGCUGAGGUUUUAGUGGGGUGUUUAGUUUCAAAUACAGAGUUAGUCAAAACGCUCAGUCAAAAUAUUAAAUAGAAUUAGUGUUCAAUGCUGUGGCAAAAUGUUGCAUUGAAUCUGACUGCAGUACACCAUUAACCACUGUUUCUACUUGCAAUCAGACGUAACUCAAGCCCCUUGCCACGAAAUGUGAACUGCCAUCCUGCAUCCUACAGUGUUCCUGCUGUAUCAAACUACAGUAGUUGGCAUAGAGCUGUAUGUCCUACCCUGCUUCCUGUGUGUCAGACAGGUUCUGUCUGAAAUGAGAGCAGGGCCCAGGGAGGGACAGAUUAGGAUGGGCUCAGCGCUGCAUGGCCUUUUUUAUGUCUGUGUUCUCAUUCUCUCUGAGAACAUUCAUCAUCGUUAUCUCUCCAACCGGUGCAGUUGCCAUGGCAGCUGAUUUGUUUAGAGGGCCCGCUCUGGAGAGGAGAAAGGGCAACAACCUUUUCAUGAAUUAGAUCUUGUGAGUGGAGAGCAGCCCUGGUCUGUACUGAGCAAUAAUAACAGCCUGGUAUUCAUUCAGCUGCUCCCCAAGGUGCUACAGACAGACAGUGGCUUCUCAGUAAUGACACAUGGCUGGCUGAGAGGGGUUAUUUCUAGACUUGCAUUACUAAAGAUGGUAAGAGAGAGAGAGGCAUUUUUUUUAUGAUCUCUGGUUUUUAAAUACAGUGAAAUUUGUAUUUUGUUUGCCAUUUGAGGCCAUUCAUAUGAACCUUCAAGUGUUUCUUCCUAUAAAAACCUACAACCUCCACCUCUCUCUCUCUCUCUGUCCCCAUCCAGGCCCCGAUGUACCCAGUGUUGCCAUCUACAGCACCAAAGACAGACAGAGUGAGUGUUAUGAGGCCUAACCCUGUACCAUAAAGGGCACUGAAGCUGACGAUUUUAUUCAGUAUCGUGUCUUUAAUAUCCCAUCACACAAAUCAUUCAAUGGGAAAUGUUUGAUGCUUCAUGAAGCUGCCCCUCAGACCAUACUGGAAGUGAACAAUGAGACUGUUUCUUCCAUGCCACUGCAGAGGUCCUGGACCUGGAGACGAACCAGAGAGUGAAUAACACAUACCACAACAUGCAGAUGCCCAAAGUGGAGUACGAGACCAUCACCAUAGACGAUUACAGUAGGUAUCCCUCCAUGGUGCACCUAUGCAUAGGAAGCUAGCCAAUGCCCUUUUCAGCUGCAUUCUUUAUGAUUACAUUAUAUAUGUCAUCAUAUACACUCACUGGCCAGUUUAUUAGGGACACACAUCUAGUACUGGAUCGGACCCCCCUUUGCCUCCAGAACAGCCUGAAUUUUUGGGUGUAUGGAUUCUACAAGUCGGAAACAUUCCACAGGGAUGUUGGUCUAUGCUGACGUGAUGGCAUCAGGCAGUUGCUGCAGAUUGGACCGCGGUACACAACCGCCACCAACCUGUACCUUUGACAACAGGCAGGAUGAAUCCAUGGAUUCAUGCUGCAUACGGCAAAUCCUGACUCUGCCAUCAGCAUGACGCAACAGGAACUGGGAUUCGUUGGACCAGACAAUGUUUUUCCACAACUCAAUUGUCCAGUGUUGGCGAUCACGUGCCCACUGGAGCCGCUUCUUCUUGUUUUUAGCUGAUAGUAGUGGAACCCGGUGUGGUCGUCUGUUGCAAUAGCCCAUCCGUGACAAGGACGGACGAGUUGUGCGUUCCGAGAUGCCGUCUGCACACCACUGUUGUACUGCGCUGUUCCUUGUCUGUUUGUGGCCCGCCUGUUAGCUUGCACGAUUCUUGCAAUUCUCCAUCGACCUCUCUCGUCAACGAGUUGUUUCCGACACAGGACUGCCGCUGACUGGAUGUUUUUUGUUUGUCGCACCAUUCUCGGGAAACCCUAGUGACUGUCGUGCGUGAAAGGUCCAGGAGGGCGGCCGUCUCUGAGAUACUGGAUCCGGCGUGCCUGGCACCGAUGAUCAUACCAUGCUCAAAGUCGCUUAGAUAACUUGUUUUGCCCAUUCUAACGUUGACUCGAACAGUAACUGAAUGCCUCGAUGCCUGUGUCCCUGCUUUAUAUAGCAAGCCAUGGCCACGUGACUUACUGUCUGUAGGAGCGAUCCAUUUUUGUGAAACUGGCUGGUUAGUGUAUAUCAGAUUUCAUGUCAUCAUAAGAAAUGCAGCUGGAAAGGGUAUUGGCUAGAUGUGUGUGUUAUUUAAGUGAUAAUGCCCUAGAAGCCGGUUUGGAGGAUAUAUUGACACAACGGGUUACCAACAUAUUCAAAUAAUGAUUUACAUAUUUUCAUUAACUUUAUACUGAUUACUUUAUUCAUACUAUUUCAUCCUUCCACAAGAUAUAGUCCUGACACAAAUCUAGGGUUACUACCCAAGCCGGCUGGUCAUUGGUUCUAUCGGUUCGGUUGCCAGAGACGCGACCCAGUCGUUUGUUCUAAAUGUUCUAUUGCCAUAUUGGCUGGCAACGUUCUUAUCCCUUGAUUGCUAGCUAGCCAACUAUGGCUAACUUACAGUCACGUCAAACAGUGAAGCCAGAAUAACAACAAAGUAGCUGCAUUUUCAUAAGCUGUUUUCUAGUGACAUUUACUUGGAUACAUCCAUAACAAUGAGCUAAUGAUGCACGAUUUCACCUGGCAUAGAAAAUGUACUCUUUCGUCAGGACACUGUUGUUCAGAGGAGCUAGCCAACAACCCAGCUAACACAAUCACUUCAAACUGAAGCUGGAAAGACUACAAACUAGCUGCACUUCGUUUCAUUUGACCUGUUUUCUAUUGAUAUGUCUUUGUAUAUAUCCAUAAAAAUGAUGCUGAUUCAUGAUUUCAACUGGCAGAGAAAAGCUGCCUACCUGUCUCAUCCCGACACGUUCAUUACAAUGCGACAGCUGGAGAUCGAAUCUGAAUAUUGAAACAAUGUUGCAAAUGUCGGAGAGACAGACAGCAAGGUUUAUACAAAUCUCCGCUGUUGAAAACUAAAUGUUAGUCUCAAAGAAAUGUGAGAUAAUGUCUAGAUGCUUUUUAUAGUGGAGAUCAAGUUUAUAAAUUGCCUGGCUGGGCUGAUGACAGUGGAUUGCGCAGUCAGAUGGAACAGGAUAAAUAGGCAUUUUAACGUCAUAGCUUUAGCCGGUGGUAACUUGUGGAAUGGACACCGGCUGGAAUGCGCUUUUAACCAAUCAGCAUUCAGGAUUAGACCCACCCGUUGUAUAACGUCUUCAUAAAUGCUGAUAUGCACUACUGGGCUGCACUCUAACAAUGGUAUUAGUUAUGAGAUUUGAUAUGAUAAUUUAAGAAAAACAACAUUUCAUUAAGUCUUUCUUUCUUGCAGCUCUGACGAUGCAGAUACUGAAGCCAGCUGGUUUCAUAGACACAGCUCACUACCCCCUCCUGCUACUAGUGUAAGUGUGGCACACACACACACACACACAAUACAGUUACUAUGUUAUUCUAGAUAAAAACAUCAUACAAACCCCAGUAGAAAUUAUAUUAGAAUUAUAACAUAUUCUGUUUUGACAUUGGACUCAUGACUUCGGACAGUUACAGAGCUAUAAUGGAUCAUUGGUUCCGCCUGUCCUCUGUUUCCAUCAGGGACGGAACUCCAGGCGGACAGAUGGUGACAGAGCAGUUCCGUGUGGACUGGGCCACGGUGUUGGUGAGCAGUUACAGUACCAUUGUGAUCCGCUUUGACGGCCACGGGUCUGGGUUCCAGGGCACCAACCUCCUCCACCGCAUCAGGAGGAAGUUGGGCGUAAUCGAGGAGAGGGACCAGAUGGAGGCCCUCAGGUGAGAAAAAGGGAGAGAGAACACCUGGACACAGCAUAAUCUUCCUUGAGAAUUCAAAUAAUUGGUCCCCUUUACGAUAAUAUGCUAACACCAUGUUACUACGUCUUACAGUAGUUAUAUGCAGGUACAGUUGAAUUACAAUGGGAAAAAUUAUAAAUAUUUUCAUUAUAGUACAUUACUGGGUUGUUGGAAAUGUAAUACCUACAAAACGGAUUGUUUAUUCUUCUUUUUCCAGACUGAUAUCGAAAGAAAUGUACAUCGACAAAAGUCGAAUUGGAGUAUAUGGAAAGGUAAGGAGAAUCAAUGCUUGAAGAAAACAAGCUAGCUGCUUUUUUAAACCAUGUAAAAAAGGUCAUUCGGUUCCCUUUACUCCUCUUCUUGUCAAUUCAAGUACUGUAUCUGAGCUGACGAAAGAGUGGGCGAGGGCUUCACUCUGUCUGGAACAUAGAGGAGAAGCUCACCCCCACAUAUCUAGGUUGCAUGCCAAAUGGCACCAUAUUCCCUAUAUAGUGGACUACUUUUGACCAAAGCCCAUAGUGCUCUGAUCAAAAGUAGUCCAUUAUAUAGGGAAUAUGGUGCCAUUUGGUAUGCUACCUCGAUAUGAGGGGGUGAGCUUCUGCUCUGUUGCACUAUAAAAGGAAUAGGGUGCCAUUUGGGAUUCAUAACUACGAGAGCAACUACACACUACGGUCCAGCAACAACACAGAACGGACAACAUCAAUAUUUCAAUCAGGUUUCAGUCUGGCACUCAGUUCUCAUUUGUCUAUAGAAAGUUAGAAUUUGUAUGCAGUUUGUCCUUGGAUUGGGCAGAAAUUAACGUUGGAGUGGUGUAUGUAAAUGCUCUAGCCUUGAUAUGUCAACAAUGUAUUUUUAUACUGUCUGAUCAAGAAACAUGAUACUAUUAAGUGUCCCUCACUAACUGUACCUUAUCUGUCUAUAGGUUUAUGGAGGAUAUUUAGCCACCAUGCUUUUAAGUUCUGAAGACUCCUUGCUUAAAUGUGGAGCCGCCGUCUCGCCCAUCACAGAUUUCAAGUUAUACGGUAUAAUGUAAUGAUUUUCUUUUGCAACAUAAUUUUUUGCUGCAUGAAUCAUUUCUCACUACAAACGAUGUAUUAUAGUUUGAACAGUGCCUUAUAACAUUAUAUUAUGUGUGUUCCUUCUUUAUACACCAGCUUCAGCAUUUUCAGAGAGAUACCUUGGAUCACCAAAGACAGACUCUCGAGUAUACUCGGUAAAGAUUCAACACUUCAUCCACUAGUCAGACAAUAUAUACAAUUAUUUGUAUUUCAUGCUGCCGUUCGCUGUCCUCUUUCCUUCAGCUGGCAAGUUUAGCACACCGGGCAGCUCACCUCAUGAACAGGAAGUACAUGAUCAUCCAUCCAACUGCUGAUGGUACAGUCAUUAAUAUCAAUACUUUAGCCUUUCCUAGAUCUAUCUGUUUGUGUGGUCUUGCCAACUUCUAUUUGGGCAUUGGCUAAGUUACUGUCAAAGCAGUCUUAACUGAUUAACUUUGAGGCUGAAUGUUGUUGAAGUACUGUGACAGAAUAUACGCAUCUUACAUGCCAUGUUACCCUCUCUCCCUCCCUAAAGAGAAAGUCCAUUUCCAGCACUCUGCAAAAUUCAUCAACCAUUUAAUCAACGAGAAGGCAAAUUACUCUCUACAGGUAAGCUUGACAUCUUGAGACUUUAGCUUUACAACAUGUUUAGGACAUUGUCAUGAAGGCGUUAUGAGCAGUGUAUCAAAUAUUGUGUUACCUACCUACAUGUCUUUUAUUUUGUAAUGUCUCUGUACUGUAGAUCUACCCAGACGAGGGACACUUCCUGCAUAGCGAUGGCACACGGCAACACCUGAGCCAAUCACUGGUUAACUUCUUUGAGGAGUGUUUCCGACUGCCGGACUUACCGAGCGAGGACAAGAAGGAUGAGGGAGAUGGUUAACCCAGCUGACACGUGGUUAACACUCCAGCACAAUAUGCAACAAAUCUUUCUCAACUCAUUACCCCCACCCCGGCCCAGAUCUGUUUGU